AUGAUGGUCCAUGUGCCGUUCGCCGGUCCCAACAAGAUCAACGCGGUUCAGUUGAGUCCAACGGAUAAGUGGGACUUGAACAAGUGUACACAUCAGCUGAGCGGGGGAUUCAACUACGGGCCUGGUUGGAAUAUCUUCGUAGGGCCAUGGGCAGACUUGAAGGCGACUAUGGGGAACCUCGACAACCUCUACAACCUCUACAUCAUGCGCUGGUCGCUUGUCGUAUUUACCUGCCUCGUACUCCAGUCGACGCUCACUUUCUUCAGCUUUGCGCUUGCCCUUCCGACCACGAGAAAAGAAUCAGACCUCGUCGCCCGUGCCAGGACGGCGAAGUACUCCAGCGCCAAGUACCGAAAGAUCGCUGAAGGACACGAAAAAGACUAUCAUGUCAAGGGCGGCAAACUUGUCAUCAAGCCAGCGCCGGCUGUCCGUACGGCGAAAGCUCUUGCUGAGAUGCGGAAGAAGGAUGCUGACCAUAUUUUGGAACACCAAGUCCUUAACAAGGCAUUAAAAAACCAGGGCAAAAAGUUCAGCGACCUGGCCCCACACACGCAAGAAAAAGUAAAAGGAGUCUUCAACCACGCGAAUAACCUUGCCUAUGUUCACAAGUCCGUCAACCGCUCAGUCGAAUUGAAACAGAAAGCCGGUGUUAUCAAAGCGGCACUCAACGGAAAUAAGUCCAAAUCCAAGAAUCCUGCUCGUGACCAAUAUAUCAAGAAGACCUUCCAGCAUGCCCAGCAAACUGCCAAAAAGAUUGACAAAAUAUUGAAGACGGAUGGCCACAAAGGAAAUGUGCACCGAACACUGAGAAUUGCGGCUAAACACGCAGGCAUCAAGCGUUGA